AUGCCGUUAAUCGAAUCCCUCGAUCCUAGAUCCUCGAGCCCUAGAAACAGUCGUAACUUGAAAAAGGUUGCUAUCAUCGGCAGUGGCUCCGCAGGAAUUGGUGCAUUAUGGGCUCUGAACCGAACUCCUCAUGAUGUUUAUAUUUAUGAGGCGGCCAAUCGACUCGGAGGGCAUACGAAUACCGUUGAGUGGAAAUGCGGCAAGACUAAAACCCUCGUGGACACGGGAUUUAUUGUCUUGAACUCGGCAACCUACCCGAACUUUCGAGCAUUUCUUAAGUAUCUUAAUAUUCCAACAGAGCCGACAGAAAUGACGUUUAGUGUAUCGCGCGACGAAGGGAUAUUUGAAUGGGCAGGGAGCUCAUUGUCGGCUGUUUUUGCGCAACGCAGGAACAUCUUCUCACUUCGAGUAUGGAGAAUGAUCUUUGACAUUAUACGUUUCAAUCAUUUCGCAUUAGACCUACUACAUCAUGAAGAUCAGUGUCAAAUUCCAUUAGUUAACGGCGAGAAUAUCAGAGGGAAGCAAGCUAUCUAUGCAGACAGCCAAAUGACUAUUGGUGAAUAUCUCAAACGAGAGGGUUAUUCCGACGCAUUUAGGGAUGACUAUCUAAUUCCGAUGACCGCUGCUGUAUGGAGCACCAGUCCAGAUAAAUGUACUCUCGAAUUUCCAGCGGUCACCUUGGUUCGAUUCAUGUGGAAUCACCAUCUACUGAGUACUGUUACAUCUAGGCCUCAAUGGUUAACCAUAAAACAAGGCGCCAAGAGUUAUAUCGAAGCGGUAAUGAAAGGAUUUCCACCUAACCACGUUUUCCUGGGGGAGCCCGUCAUUUCUGUUACAAAUGACAUGUUGGAUAAGGUUCGACUACAUUUACGGAACGGGAAUUCCGAGGUCUAUGACCACGUCAUCAUUGCCACCCAUGGCGAUCAAGCAUUAGAGUUGGUUCAUGACGGAUCAACCGCGGAGGAACGCAACAUAUUAUCUGGAUUCCAAACUAGCCAUAACAGCGCCAUUUUGCACUCGGACAUUAGCCUUAUGCCAAAACGACGUAAAGCUUGGACAUCAUGGAACUAUAUCACUAAGUCUUCUCCCACUUCGUCGAAUAUUGACCAGGUGUGUCUAACAUACAACAUGAACAUCCUUCAACAUAUUCCAACGUCUGUUUUUGGGGACGUACUUGUAACUCUCAAUCCCUUACAACUUCCACAUCCAGAUAGUAUCCAAGGUACAUACUCUUAUUCACAUCCUCUGUAUAAUCCACGUGCAAUCCGAAGCCAAAAGUUAUUAUCAAAGAUACAGAACAGACGUGGAAUAAGCUAUGCCGGAGCAUGGACAAAAUAUGGAUUUCACGAAGAUGGACUUAGCAGCGGGCUACGCGUUGCUAUGGACCAUCUGGGUGCCAAGCUCCCUUUUGAAUAUACGGAUAGCACUUACUCUAGAGGAAUAAAGCCCACUCUAGGUCUUACGGACCUGUUGGUUAGAGCGUUAAUUUCGAUCACACACUUCUACAUUACUAUAAUUGAGAUAGUUUUGGGGUUACAUCACGUUCGAAAAGUCAAUAAUCGCCAUAGGGAUUUAAAAAUAACAUAG